AUGAUACCACGAAUUUUGGUCGCAUUAUUAAUAUUAUUCGGUCUUAUAUCAAACAAAUCAUUUGCAUUGACGUUACCGGAAAUAACGUCAUACGCGAAAGUAUCGAAGAAUGGUGAAGAGACGAAAAAUACCGGAAACGGACCAUUUUCAUGGAUCACAAGGGCAUUAGUAAGAGCCAACAAUUCUGGAAUUGUCGAAAAUGAAGGAAGAAAUGCAAAGGAUAUUGCUAUUACUAUGUCACCAGUUUACAUUCCGCCAUCUAGAAUUUCAAAAUUAAAAAAUGGAGAAGUUAUAGAUCAUCCUUCAACGAAACGAUAUUCAACAAUAGAUGAAGAAUUAUUAGCCAAAUUAGAUUCAACAAAAUCAAAACCUAAACUACAAGACAGAUUUCAUCCACCAGCAAGUUUCGAACGUAAUGUUAAACAACAAAUAGUUUCAUCAGGUUCACCACCCCCUAUGUCAUCAAUGUCUGAUACAAAUUCAGAUGUUUCAUCAAGUUCAAGUAUUUCAGGAUAUUCCAGACCAAUAUAUGCUGGUCCUUAUAGUAUCAAAACUACUGAUUAUGAUAAACCAAAGGAUUAUCUUAUGGAUAAACCAAUUUCAAAACCAAUUGGUAUAAACAAUUAUCCUUCCAUCGUAACAGAUGAUAAACCAAUGGAUUUAUUUCCAAAUCAUCAAACGGAUGAUACUAAUUUUCCUAAUUUUUCUUCUGAACCAUCUUACGACGACCAUGCUGCACCUAAACCAAUCGAAUUUGAUAAACCAACAUUUGAUGAUGAUACUGAUGAUAAUAAUGAUAAUGAUGAUACAUAUCCUCGUGAUCAUGAUCAUUAUCAUAAUCAUAAUCAUCAUGAAGAAGUGAUUUAUGAUCACAUACCAGAAUAUUAUUAUCAUCAUCCUCAUCAUCAUUUUACUACUACACCUGAACCUGAGAUGAAUGAUCAACGACUUGACAAACGACCAUAUUCUUAUUAUUUCAUUGGCAAAAAAUUAUGGUACAUACCACUUUAUUUUAGUAUUUAUUUUAUUGUUUACAUUGCUGCAUUAGUUUUGAAAAGUAUAGCCAGACACAAAAUUACAUUUCCAUCACAUUUGGCUGAAGUUGCUGGACAUGGUAGAAUGAACAAUGAUGAAUCAUUCGAUUGGUGGGAUUUAACUAAUCGUAUUUUUAAUGGUAUUGAAGAUUUUUCUGAAAGAUUUGGCAAAGGAUCACAAUAA